UUGCCGUUGUUGCUGCGAUUUCUGUUCGGAUAUAGUUUUGUUUAAUUCGAUUUCUGUGCGUGGGGGUACGUGUAUUAUAAUUAAUAAUACAAAAUAUAUUAAAACAUUUGUUGUCAGUAUCCAGCAUCAAAGCACCUAACGGCAAAAUUACCGCUGUGUUAAAUAAACGCGUAACGUUUUCUAAAUCAUUUAAACGCGCGACGAUCACUUUGAUAUUGUGUGAGUGUGUGUGAUAUUCUUGAAAUUUAAGCAAAAUUCCAACGCUGCACGUUCGUAAAGUUCGCCGGCCUUAAAUCAUUGGCGCUUUUAAUUUUGGAAGCCAAACAGCAACUGAAAUAAUAAACAACCGACAACAGGCAUUUCUGCAACAACAACAACAACAACAACAACACCUGCAACUCCAGCAACAACAGCAACAACAGCAACAACAGCAACAACAGCAACACCUGCAACAACAGCAACAACAUGGAUGUACUCGUGCAUGAUGCGUUACAUUGGUACAGAGACCUAAUGGACAAUAAAAGUGAUCCGCGUGUCAAGAACUUCUUUCUGCUGUCAUCGCCGCUGCCCACACUUGGCUUGUGCAUAUUUUAUGCGUACUUUAGCAAAUCCCUUGGGCCCCGGCUGAUGGCCAAUCGCAAGCCCAUGGAUCUCCGCAAGGUGCUGGUCUACUAUAAUGCAAUACAGACCAUAUUCAGCGCGUGGAUUUUUUAUGAGUACUUAAUGAGCGGCUGGUGGGGUCAUUAUAGCUUCAAGUGUCAGCCCGUCGACUACAGCAACAGUCCCAUGGCCAUGCGGAUGGUCAAUAUUUGCUGGUGGUACUACAUAUCAAAGUUUACGGAAUUCUUUGACACGCUCUUCUUUAUAUUGCGCAAGAAGAACGAGCACGUUUCAACGCUGCAUGUCAUACACCAUGGCUGCAUGCCGUUCUCGGUGUGGAUGGGCCUUAAGUUUGCACCGGGUGGCCAUAGCACUUUCUUUGCCCUGCUUAACUCGUUUGUGCAUAUUGUGAUGUAUUUCUAUUAUAUGAUUGCUGCCAUGGGUCCAAAGUAUCAGAAGUUUAUCUGGUGGAAGAAAUACCUAACCACCUUCCAAAUGGUGCAAUUUGUGGCCAUAUUUACGCAUCAGUUCCAGCUGCUGUUCCGCGACUGCGAUUACCCCAAGGGCUUUAUGGUCUGGAUUGGUCUGCAUGGCGUGAUGUUCCUAUUUCUGUUCUCCGACUUCUACAAAGCCAAAUACCUAAAUGCGCAACGUCGUCGCCGUGAGGCCAUCAAGGCCAAUGGCCACCAAUCCAACGGCGUUCACACGAACGGCAAAGUCAAGCAUUUGGGCAGUGGCGAUCCCCAGCUAACCAAUGGCGGCCACAAGGGCGCCUGUAUGCCCGUUUUGGAGGAUGAAUAUGUGAAUAGCAAUGGGCAUGUGAAUGCCUAUCAGGAUGGUUACUUCAAGGAGGGCGUACUAUCUAGCAAUGAUGCCAUCCUGAAUCCGGACAGCAGUAGCUCUAGUCUUCAUCAGCGCAAAGUCAAAUAACUACUACUAAGACGUACUACGAUGAUAUUCAUUAUGUUUACUUUAAGUGUUUAGCAAGUAACUGAAUUUUGAUAGAGCAGAUCGAAACAGGCUAACGGCAGAAUAAUAAUGCAUCCGUGCAAUUAUGACCAUUGGCAAAAAGAAAACAAAACAAACAAAAAAAAAAAGGAAGCAACAAAAAUCAGCAAACAUCUAAAAAGCAAAAUAUUAAACCAUUAUUUGAUUUUAGUAAUUUAUGAUAAAUACGAUUGUAAAAGCAAGCCAGAUGUUAGUGUAUAAUGUGAAGCCACAUGCCUCCACAUAUAUAUAUAUAUGUAUAUAUAUGUGUAUGUGUAUAUGGGCAGACCAAGAACCAGAAGCAGAACCAGGGAAGCUCAUUUCCCUCCACCAACAAGACCAUCAGCACCACUGUAGCCGAAGCCGUCAGAUAGAUUAAGGAGAGGAUAGCAGAAGAGAAACUGUUUUAAGAAAAAAA